GCCGCACCUACUGCUGGCGCUCAUCCUGACGGCAGCUUGGCCGAGCAGCCUGUUCCAGCGAUCAACAAGGACCCCGACCUCGAAGACAAGGCACAGAAGAUGCUCAGCCAGCUGCGCAAGCCUACUGCGACCGCCGUGAUCUACGACAACCCACAGAUCAUCAACACAAUGGACGCAGUCCUCGACCCGUUCGACGAGCUGGCCGAGUUGGACGGCCACAUCGAUUUCGCAGCCACAACGCAGUACGACACCGCCCCGCCCGAGACGCUGUCCUCGGUAGGGGGCGAUGAGGCGGCGCAGGCCGUCGACACAGUGACAUGGGACCCAGGGCAGCCGCAGCGCGCCGCGCUUGCCGACCCUGAUGCCGCUCCGCCCGAGACGCUGUCCUCGGUAGGGGGCGAUGAGGCGGCACAGGCCGUCGACACAGUGACAUGGGACCCAGGGCAGCCGCAGCGAGCCGCGCGAGCCGUCCCUGAUGCCGCCCCGCCCAAGACGCAGUCCUUGGUAGGGGGCGAUGAGGUGGCGAAGGCCAUCGACUCGACCGCAGAGGAAGGCACAUGGAAGCCUAGCAGGCCGACACCCGACCCCACACCCGCCCACCAACACGGAGGCCUUAUGAAUCCCACGCCGUCAGACCACUCCCUGUUCUUUUCCAACAUUACACAGUGGGGGCCGCAGUCGGAGAAAUGGCUGGCAGGGCCAGGCAAACAGUAUCAGAUGGUGGCAUUCGUUGAAACUCACAUCUCGCAUGGUAAAGCCCCCCUCAUUUACGACAAGCUAGCAGCGGAUGGUUGGAGGAUAUCAUCCACUACAGCCACGCCGACCAGCAGAUCCGAAAGAGGCAACACGGGUGGCGAGAUGAUCCUAUCCAGGUACCACGUCCAGGCCACGACCUUCAACCACCUCCGCGACCUGGCCAUCUCCCAGCGCAAGCCCGACCCGUUCCGAGGCUUCACGCCUAUGGUUUGGCAUAGGCGCUCUGGCAAUCUAGUUGUUAUUGCAGCGUACCUCGAACCCCACAGACAGAUCGAGGGAGCUGUUCACGAGAAAUUACUAUCUCUGGGAGCUUUCGUUACUAUGCUCACUGACCCGUGGACCAUCCUGGCCGAUUGGAAUAUGACACCUGAGCAGCUUGCAGCAACAGAGUGGCCCGCCAAAUGGAAUGCUACCAUCGUGCGAGCGCCUGGAACCGCCACGUGCGACAAGGGACAGGGUCUUACGCUCGACUUCGCAUUGGUCAAGACUGGCAUCGAGCACACGUUCUCCAUUCCAGCUGCACAACUCCAGCCACAGGACGAGCCAGCAGCACAGGAGCCCAUCCCGUACGCUAUCCCGAGCGACCUCUGGGAGGUACAUUGGCAUCAAGCUGUACCCACACGUUGUAAGCAGACCCACGCGCAUUUCGUGUACACCCACUGGCCACGCGAGGCCGACGACCUCAACCGCCAGUACGCCAAAUGGGUCACGGCGCUCGAGAACACCAUGAUCAGCCAUCACCAGAUCGACCCCAAGGAAGCCGCAGCCUUCACAGGCCGAGCCCAAGGCUACCAGUUGUCUUGGAAGAAGACGGCCGCCGCCCCAGGCCGUGUACACGUUCAUGAUCCACAGUCGGAAUGGUGGGCAAUCACGCUCACCCUCAUCAAGCGCUACGCAGCGCUCCACGACAAGCCCAAGCACGCAGCGCUCAUGCAGCAGCAGGCCUCCAUCAUCCAGCAGCGCGCGGACCAUUUCAACACUCACUUCCAUGACCUCCAGUUCGAGAAGGACGAGGACACCAUCUUCCGCUGGUUCGCUCUUGUCUGGGCCCCGCAGUUGGACAAAGAGGACACCGACGACCUGGUCACGAUUACCGCUACUUGGGCCUCCAGAGCGCUCUCCGCAGCCCUCGCCAAGUCUAAGAGGGCUUACGGAGCUUGGCUCGCCAAGCAAUGGAAACACCGCCCUGGAGUACUACAUGCCCAUGUCAAGCCCGCGCCCGUACGCCACAUCGAGGCCUACACGACCAACCAGACCAUAGCCGACCCCACCGUUAUCAUGGACAGCAAGAAGCAACAAUGGCAUCAAGUAUGGCAGGCCACCGAGACCCCCGACGACAUCCUACAG